AUGUCGGGGGACCCCAUCCACCCCACGUAUGGGCAAGCCACCCGGGCUGGGUCUGACGAGACCGAAGGCCAAAAACAGAACUGCCCCUGGUUGUUUGUGACCCACGAGAAGUGUCAGAAAGAAGAUGUGGUCGCGGGACUACACACAGCACAGGACAACGCCGUGUUUAAGUUUGAGCCAUUUAUUCUUCACGUCGAGUGCCGUGAGGUGGAAGAUGCACGGCUGCUGCAUUCGGCGGCAGUUAACUCCGGCUUCAGGAACUCUGGCAUCACCAUCAGCAAGAAGGGGAAAAUAAUGAUGGCUGUCCGCAGCACCCACUGCCUGGAGGUUCCACUGUGCCACCGGGGAACAGUCCUGGUGAGUGACGAGUAUAUCGGGUACCUGGUGCAAGUGGCCAACCGCAAAAUGGAGGAAAACCAGAGAAGGAUCGAUCGGUUCCACGCUUGCCUCCGAUCCAUCCUGGACCCCACGGCCCCCGAGGGUCCCGGCGAGGAGGAUGUAGGGGCCGCUGCCGUCUACACGCGCAGGAGGAGGCGGGGAGCGGGAGCGAAGCGGCAGACAGGCGGAGAGGAAACCUCCCAGAGCGACGGUGAGAGCGACCUGGCGUUCCUCAUGGGCCCCACAUGAUGGCGACUCCAGCACACAGAGAGCUCACCUCCUGUCUGACGUCCCACUGUCCCAACUUCAGCAGGCUGCCUGUCCAGAUGUAAUCUCCCUUCCACAGCUGGAUAAUUCAAUCACCGCUCGCUGGGGUGCGGGGUUGGCGGUGGGAGAGAACCACUCUUGUAAAGUGAAUCGUAUCUCUGCUGCCGCUAAAUUUGCGGCAUGUCUUGGAUGAUCUGCGCUGGAUUACAUCCAACGUAUUUGUUUCAGGAAUCGUCUGAAAGUGGUUCAGUAAAGGAAACAUGAGAUGUAAAGUUCAAA